UAAAUUACUUACAUUAGUAGGUUAUGUGAGGGCGAUAAUAUUUAGAAGGCUAUACUAUCUAGAAUGGCAUAAAUUACACACAUGAAGUGAGUUAUGCGAGGGCGAUGAGAUCUAGAGCGGCUCAAACGACUUGCAUCAGUGUUACAUAACACAGGGCACGCAAGUGAAGACUCUUGACUGCAAUUCUUAGUAUGGAUUCAGUUAAUCAAGGGGAGAACUCCGAGAAUCUUUCAAUCGUGCCAGCAAAGAGGAGACGUGGUCGUCCACCUAAAGAUCCAAGCCUUAAGCACGCUGAAGCUGCCAAUCUAUUUCAUGGUUCUGCUGCAAAGCAAAACAAUCCUCCGCCACCCGAAAGAUCUGCUGGAUCCGAGUCCGCAAUUGGUCAAAUAGUGACCGGCGUUAUCGAUGGCACAUUUGAUGCUGGUUAUUUACUCAGUGUUAGAAUUGGCGACUCGAAUACAAGGCUGAGGGGCAUGGUUUUUAAACCAGGAGGUUGUGUUCCCAUUACUCCCGAAAAUGAUAUUGCUCCGCACCUUCCAAUGAUCAGAAGACAGGACAUCCCCCUCCCUCCCGUAAACCAGGGGCAGUCCCAUGGCCAGAAGCUCGGCGAACAAACUCCUGCAACGACGCCUUCAAAGCGUAAAUACACACCUCGAAGGAUCGCGAACGGCAACUUGACCCCCGCCGUACAUCAGCCUGCUAAUAAUAUUCCAAGUGAAUCCCUGAGUUCCGACCCCGGAGACGAAGAUGUCCAUAUGGUCGAGCCGCUAUCCAUGUUACCGCCGGAUCAAUCCAUUCCAGCCGGCCAGAUUUUUGCGUCGGCCCAAGGCCAUUCCAACCACGAAGUUGCUGCAGAAACUGAGAAAGAAGAUGUUUCGAUGAAUGACGCCACCUCAGAAGAAAGAUCGAAGCUCAUGACACCAGCCGACAUAGAUUCUACUCCCGGCUCCUCACAAAUGUCAGAUAGUAAAACUGAGGAUGCAAAGGCGGACACUGCGAAAUCUUCACCUGAAGAUUCUGGCAUGGUUAUGAAACCUUUGUUCAGCUAUGGAACUGGCCGGAUGACCGAGCUUUUACAGGCUGUGCAAGAAAACAUGAAAGAUGCGCAGGUUCAAUUCUCCGAGCAGCCAUCAUUUGCAAGUGGAGUCGGGUUCCCUGAAUCUUCUAAGAUGGAAUUCGAUCAAAAGAAUGGAGUGUCCCAUGACGGCAAGCCUUAACAGGUCGACUGAAAACUGAUAUUGCGCGAUCAUCAUCGUUCAGGUGUUCGAGCUGCCCCCCUGACUUCCUUCCCGCAUUUUUGCCCGUCGUCGUCGACUGGGUGAUGGAUGAGGGAUGUUUAGCCUCUUACCAUGCUGAUAAUAAUAUAAUUGAACUGGCAAUUUUAUGGUUUUUGUAGGAAAUACUAUGAGCUUCACCACCGGAUUCUUAUGUAUCUUCUCGUUUUGAA